UACAAUCAUCCUUCAUCACACCAAACCAUUAAAUCAUCGACAAACUAGCGCAAUUCGGUACAAUAAUAAAGAGAAAAAAUCGACGAAGAGAAAUCGAUCUAUGAAAUUACGCCCCUAUGAAACUUAGCGCGAGAAGUGUUCUGUGACCUAUAAAUGUCCUCUGAAAGAUCCGGAACAUCCGUAAAAGUUGCCAAUUUUAAGCUUCAUCACAGAGGUUAGCGAAUGUUUCGUAAUUAACUAUCCAGAGGCGAAUUAUUGAUGUAAUCAAUAGUGAAAAUAUUCUGUGAUCUCCAAAUGCCACAAAAACGGUCCUCCGGAAGAUCCGGAACAUCCGUGAAAGUGGCAAAUUCCAAAAGUUCAUACCAGAGCAUCGCGUUUUUUUCGUAAUCAUUCAUUCUGGCAAAUUGUGAGUGCAAUCAAUGGUGAAAGUCUUUUGUGAUCUACAAAUAUCGCAGACACAAUACUUCGGAAGACCUGGAACAUCCAUAAAAGUGGACAAUUCCAAAAGUUCAGCACAGCGAUUUUUUUUCGUAACCUUCCAUUCUGGAAAAUUAAUAGGGAAAGUCUUCUGUGACCUCCUGUAGUUGAGCUUUAGGACCUGUGUCACCAAGAACAAACAAUGUGUUGAUCAAUGUACGGUUAGAACAAUAAUGAUUUUAUUAGCGAUUCUCAAAUACAAUUUAACCUACGGGAGACAGUCGAAGCCGGCGUAAUUAGAGAAGGCCAUUGGAGACAUCACAACUUAGUAAGUGGCACUAAAAAUGUGUGCAUUGCAAUUUGAGGUCUCGGACUAAAAUUGCUGAGACUCCAUUGAUGUCAACGAACGGCUUUGAGCGUUCCUUGUACAUCGAUUGAAAGUAUGAGAAAUUAUUAAAGGGUAUGAUGACAUGUGUUAUGCACAUGCCGCACUCCAAGUACUUAAGAGAGGUAGCAACCCAAUUAUGUUCUCCGAGUAUUUGUCGUUCGCUCGCGUCUCAAAUGUAGGCAUAUCAGUUGCCCUAAGAUCUCCAAAUUGUCCUGGAGAUCUAAUCAAAUGGUCUAAUGAAUCAACCAAGGCUUUCAUGAUGCCUCCAGCCGCGUUAUCAACCCAAUUAUGUCCUCCGAGUAUUUUUCUUUCACUUGCGUCUCAAAUCCAGACAUAUGAGAUGUAGUAAGAUCAUCAAAUUGUCCUGGAGUUUGAAUCACAUGGUCUACCGAAUCAACCAAGGCUUCCAUGAAGUCCCCAGCCGCGGUAACAACCCACUUAUGACCUCCGAGUAUUUGUCAUUCGCUUGCGUCUCAAAUGGAGACAUAUGAGAUGUUCUAAGAUCUCCAAAUUGUUUUAGAGUUUGAAACAAAUGGUCUAGUGAAUCAACCAAGGCUUCCAUGAUGUCCCAUGCUGUGUUAUCAGCUCAAUUUUGUUUUCAAAAUAUUUGUCUUUCACUUGCGUUUCACAUCCAGGCAUAUGAGUUGUUUUAAGAUCUCCAAAUUGUGCUGGAGUCAAAUGGUCUACCGCAUCAACCCAGGAUUCUAUGAUGUCAACGGUCGCGGUAUCAUCCCAAUUAUGUUCUCCGAGUAUCUGUCUUUCACUUGCGUCUCCAAUCUGGGCAUAUGAUAUGUCGUAAAUUCUCCAAAUUGUCCUGGAGUUUAAAUCAAAUGGUCUACCGAAUCAACCAAAGCCUUCAUGAUGCCCCCAGACGCGCUAACAACCCGAGCUAGUGGCAAUUUGAUUGUGACAAAAUCCGGUCACAUAUGAAUUGGGCCAUGCCCUUUUUGAUCCAUAGAACCAAAGUGAAUACGGCUUUUACUAUUGUUCCAUUGCAGAUCAUCCAUGAAUAUCAUCCAUAUCUGAAAUAUAAGCCUUACGGUUAAUACGCGUAACCAAAAGGCUGUUAUCUCCUUAAAAAAAACUUGCUCAUACCCGUUUUGAUCCAUAGGACUAAAUGGGAAACCUCUUCAACUAUUGUUCCAUUCCAGGUAAUUUAAGAAAGCCAUGGAGUACAGGUCUUAAGGUAUACAGGAUUAUUGUUUUUAAAUGGUCCAUCCCCUUUUGAUCCAUAGCUCCAUAUUAGAUACGCAUUCAACAAUUAUUCCAUUCCAGGUCAUCGAAGCAUUCUCUGAAGUGUAGGCUUCAAUAUCUAUAAAACCAAGUUUUAAACAUCAGAACCAAAUAAGAUACAUCCCCAAAAAUGGUUGCAUCCCAUGUGAUCCAAGAAUUCAGUUGUUCAUUCCCUUUUGAUCCUUAGAAAAAACAUGGAUAUACCUUCAAAAACUCUUCUAUUUCAAGAAUUUCCUUAAGGGAAACUCCAAACAUAGUUCAAGACAAGGGUUGACCAUUCGGUUUGCCGUGACCGAAUAAGAAAGAGCGGGGCACACACCAAGAGCAGCAGAGGACUUGAGGCGGCACGGAAGGGACUUUUCCACAGUUACGGGUGCGGACAAAUUCCCCCGCGCGGAGUGUGCUCGAGCGAAGCUCAUUGAGCAAGGCAGGUUAGUUGUGGGACAAUAAUGCACGGAUGGGCGUUUAAUCCGUUAUAAUCCCGAAAUAUAGGCAGAACGUGCAUAGGAUCCAGCAUACGGGAAUUUCCUACCACAACGGAUAGCGACCGGUAGCCAACGUAUCAAACAUUCGCCGUACAAGAGAGCCUCCUAGGAGUAAGUUUAUCUGAAACGCAAAUGACAAAACAUAUCUGACAUGAACCGUUUGGCAGGGCUCUUGGGAAUUGUUUUCGUUGCGGAUUUUGGCGGAAACGGCACUCGGCGCCGACUGGAUCAAGCCGUGCAAACAGAGGUGGCUUAAGGUGCGAUCGACGGGCGACUCAAGGUGCGAUUUUGGCAGCAAGCCAUUCUCUCCCGAGUCCCGACGAUUGCAGUCCGGGAACAGGAUCACACCCGCGCGGUGCACCAAGGCAUUCCAGGACGCAGUCAAAGUGGCGACCGAUGUGCGGUCCAAGUUUUCCCCCUAGUCGGCAUCAAUAGCGGGAGCAGUGCCUGCACGGGCUCAUGGAGCGGUGUGUUCGCGAGGUAGCCGUACGCCGUGUCGAAGGCCGUAGGAGUCAAAGGAAGGGAAGCUGUAGGCGUGAGUAGCCAAGAGAUGUGGAGGCAAAUGACAAGUGAACGUGAAUGAAGAAGGGAAGUAGAGAAACAGAAAUAGGAAGAUUAGCAGGCAGGAAGUGUAGUAUCCGCCCCUAGCUACACCACUGGCUGUCUGGUACAGCAGUAGCGAUCGAUCAAAUAAAAGAUCAGUUUUAUCACUGACUGCACACCCGAGCAGACGCGCGUUUACCUGUAUCACUUACAGUAUCACAGUCUCGUUAGUAAUUAGUUUAAAGAACCCAAUCUCCCACGAGUAUAUUACAGUGGCGACGAGGUGGAGAUUUUGUUUUCGCGUCCCGGGAAGUGCUUAUUAGUGCAAGUAGUCCGGUUUUCCAGUGAAAUUUUGGUGUUUUUCACUGCUGUUUGGACGAACCUGCGAGCGAGCCAUUCAUCCGUUCGGCGAUUGAUUGGAUUAUUGCCUACGGAGGAGCAACAGUUUGCGCUGCGCGGUAGCAGUACCUACACUGCAGGAGUUGGUUUGUUUUGCUGUUUCACACAGGUUUGCUGCAAAGUGUCGAAUAGUGGAAAUAAACAGAGAAAAUCGUGUUUUACUUUGCAUGCGUUAAAGUGUUGAAAUCAGUUUAUGAGCCAUUUUCUUGUGCCUAGCAAGCAAAGAAAUUGUGUUUCAUUUUGUUUCCGUACAGUGAUCCGGCUUUGUGCACAUAAAUAAUAGCUAAUUAGAACUUGUAUCGUCACAGCCGAAGAGUUUGUCACGUACGAGAGUUUGUUUCAUCAACAGUGUAGUGCAACGCACAGUGUAUAUCAGCUUGUUUGCAACUUGUUUCGCAACGUUGAUACUGUUGUAUUGGUUUAUGCUCAUGUUUAAUAGCAACUACAGUUUAUGCUUGUGUUGAGCAACAACAUCGUUUUGGUUUGUUUGUGUUUCACGUUUUGUUUGUUUCGUUGAUAAAGUUUGUCGUUGAAUACGAUUGAUCCGAAACGGUUGAAGUUUGUUUGGUUUGACACAGAAAGCAGUUUAUGUUUUGCACUGUGGAGCAAAUCGUUUAAAAAGUUGAACAAAAAGGUUUACAAAAUAGUUUUGAAAAUUUUGUUUUAAAUUUGUCAACUGUUUGUUUCGAUCAAGUUUAUUGGAUUAUUACACUGAAAAAAGUUUUUAGUUUUGUUUUGUGUGAUAAUUUAACUAAUCGUUUUUCACAGUUUUCGUCGUUUUCAUCGCUGUCAGUAUGCCGUUAGUGAAUCACGUUGAGCCGUACAUACCCGGUACGAUUCCGUUUAGCCAGUAUCUGGAGCAGAUGGACUGGAUUUUCAUCGAUAACAAGAUGUCGGAUGCGAAUGAACAGAAGGCAUCGUUUCUAGCGGCAUGCGGAAAGGACGUUUAUAGCGAGUUGAAGCUUCUGUUUCCUGGAAAGGAUUUGAAAUUGGUGUCGUUUAAGGAGAUUACCGAUGCGUUGAAGAAGCGAUACGACAAAACUGAAAGCGACAUGAUCCAGCGUUACAAGUUUUAUCAACGAAUGCAAGGUUCUACCGAAAGUGCGGAGGAUUUCAUUCUCGCGGUGAAGUUACAAGCGGAGAUGUGUGAGUUUGGCGAAUUUAAGGACAUCACAAUCCGCGACAAGCUUGUGUGUGGCAUUCGCGACCCGGAUGUUCAACAACGUUUGUUUGAUGAGGAAGGUCUGACGCUAGCCAAGGCGGAGAAGAUCAUCAUCAACAGGGAGCUAGCUGGAGUGAAUCGAAAGCUGGUUUCUCGAGAGUCCGGUCGUGUGAGUGUGUUGAACAGGCUUGGUAAGCGAGAAGAGCGUGUUGUGUCACGUAGUAGAUCCCGUGGUAGAAGUCGUGGACCAAAUAAGCGUUUUAGGAGCCGUAGUCGUUCUGGUUCGUUUGAUCGUGGACAUCGUUCUUCAUCCCGAUCGCAGAAGUUUCACUGCAGUUACUGUGGCAGAGAUGGUCACACACGUCGCUUCUGCUAUGACUUGAAGGAUAAGUUUAAGAAAUCUGUGAAGUUUGUGGAUUCUCCAGCAGCAAAGCCGAAGUUGACAGAGUACCAGAAGAGUUUGCGUCGUCGGUUGAACAGAUCUAUCUCGGAUGAUGAGGAGAUGGAUUGUAUGUUGAUCUCUUCCAUCGGAAAAAUCAACGAACCGUGUUUCCGUACAGUUUUGGUUGAAGGAGUACGAGUAGAUAUGGAGAUAGAUUGUGGAGCUGCAGUUUCCGUCGUCAGUAGAGAGACGUACGAGGGGGAAUUCGCCGAUAUUCCGUUGCAGAAGUGUAUGAAGAAGUUGGCAGUGAUCAAUGGAAGUCGUUUGGUUGUUGAAGGACAGAUUCCGGUAACGGUUGAGCUUAACGGACGACGUAAGGUCGUUAAACUGGUUGUUUUACGCUGUGGAAGCUCGUUUACACCGUUAUUAGGCCGAGAUUGGUUGGAUAUCUUCUUCCCUGAAUGGAGGAAAACGUUUGGCAGUGGUGCAAACCUGAACCAGCUGUCUUUGCCGACUUCAGAGGAACGUGUCGUGGAAGAUAUCAAAAGUAAGUUUGCCAAUGUGUUUUGUAAGUCUAUGCUUACUCCCAUCAAAGGUUUUGAGGCAGAUCUAGUGUUAAAAAAAGGAGCAGCACCGAUUUUCAAGCGUGCCUAUGACGUUCCAUUACGUUUAAAAGACAAAGUAGUCGAACAUUUAGAGAGUUUACAGAAAGAUGGCGUCAUAACACCGAUCGAUGCAAGUGAGUGGGCAUCACCGGUGAUUGUUGUAGUGAAGAAGGAUGGCGGAAUCAGGAUGGUGAUCGACUGUAAGGUUUCGAUCAACAAGGUGAUCAUUCCAAACACCUAUCCGCUGCCGUUGGCACAAGAUAUGUUUGCUUCACUAGCUGGUGCUAAAGUGUUUUGUUCCUUGGAUCUGACCGGAGCGUAUACACAGUUGUUGUUGUCGGAAAAGUCGAGAAAAAUUAUGGUGAUUAAUACAAUCAAAGGUUUGUUUUUGUAUAAUCGUUUACCACAAGGUGUUUCUUCAAGUGCUGCUAUAUUUCAGCGAGUCAUGGAUCAAGUUUUGAAAGGCAUUGACGGAGUUUAUUGCUACUUAGACGAUGUUUUGCUAGCUGGUGAGGAUUUUGAAGACUGUUUAAGAAAGCUUAAUUUGGUUUUAGAGAGACUUUCUAAAUUCAACAUUAAAGUCAACUUGCAAAAAUGCAAAUGGUUUGUGACUAGUUUGCCAUUUCUGGGUCACGUGUUGACUGAUAAAGGUUUGUUGCCGUGUCCAGAAAAGGUGGAGACAAUUCGUAGAGCCAAGGUUCCGAAUAAUGUCACCGAGUUGAAGGCGUUUUGGGUUUGA